GAGAGCAGAUAUAGUAAAUGCGGGGUCCGGGGAGAUCAGAUAUAGUGAAUGCGGGGUCCGGGGGAGACAGGAAUAUAGUGAAUGCGGGGUGCCCGGGGAGAGCGGAUAUUAGUGAAUGCAGGGUCCAAGGAGACCGGAUAUAGUGAAUGCAGGGGUCCGGGGAGACAGGGUAUAGUGAAUGCAGGGGUCCGGGGAGACCAGAUAUAGUGAAUGCAGGGUUUUUAUUCCGGGGAGAGCGGAUAUAGUGAAUGCAGGGACCGGAGAGAAGAGACCAGAUAUAGUGAAUGCAGGGUCCGGGGAGAGCGGAUAUAGUGAAUGCGGGUCUGGGAAAGCAGAUAUAGUGAAUGCAUGGGUCCGGGGGAGACCAGAUAUAGUGAAUGCAUGGUCUGGGGAGAGCAGAUAUAGUGAAUGCAGGGUCCAAGGAGUCCGGAUAUAGUGAAUGCAGGGAUCUGGGCAGCAGAGG